AUAUGCAUGGGAUAUUUUGGAUGUGGGCGUUUACUUAGAAAUAGUAGGUAGAUGUGUGGGUAUGUUUGUUGAGAUAAGAUAGAAAUGCAUGUGUAUGUCUGUAUCCAAGUAGGACUAUAGUAGUCAUUGCAAAAUGAAAAGGAGUGAGUGAGUAGGCCUGGUUUGGUUAUAUAUUUGGAGAGAGAGAGAGAGAGAGAGAAUAAAAAUGGAAGGAGGAUCAGGUGGCGAGAGGAACAGUAGUGUAUACCGAGAGUGCUUGAGAAAUCAUGCAGCCAGCCUAGGAAGCUACGCCACGGACGGGUGCGGCGAGUACACGGUGGACGGCGCGGGGGGACUACAAUGCGCCGCGUGCGGGUGCCACCGCAACUUCCACCGGAAAGUGAAGUACCUGGCGGCGGCUGAAAGCCCUCCCACGGAGUAUGGGGGCAGCAACAGCAAGAAGCGGUUCAGGUCUAAGUUCACGGAAGAUCAAAAGGAGAAGAUGCUAGGGUUUGCGGAGAAGCUUGGUUGGAAGCUUCAGAGGAGGGAUCUUGAUGAUGAGAUAGAGAGGUUUUGCCGAAGCGUUGGGGUGAGUAGGCAAGUCUUCAAAGUUUGGAUGCAUAACCAUAAGAACUCUUCCUCCUCCUCUUCUACCGCCGCCAAUGUCUCCUCCCUCACCCAGUAAUUCACUCUCUCCUCUUGUAAUUGUUUCUCAUUAAUUAUCACUUUCAUCUUUUUAGAUUGACUAGUUUACUUCAAUAUUGUAAGAAGUCAAUGAAAUCACUUAAUUGUCAGGAUUAUGUAUGCUAUCACUAUCUAUUUAUAACCUAUAAAGUUUCUGAACCUCAAAUACUUUC